AGCACCACGCUGAGCCCUGACACCAGCAUCACAACUGCCGCCUCCAGCCUACCAAGGUGCCGAGCCCAGAGCCACCAAUGGAGACGGAGAAGGAGGGCCCACAGCCCAGCAGGGUGCCCCAGGACCUGUCUGAGGCCAUCAAGGAGGCCACCAAGGAGGUGCACACUCAGGCGGAGAACACUGAGUUCAUGCGGAACUUUCAGAAGGGUCAAGUGACCCGGGAGGGCUUCAAGCUGGUGAUGGCUUCACUGUACCACAUCUACGAUGCGCUGGAGGAGGAGAUUGAGCGCAGCAAGGACAGCCCAGCCUUCGCCCCUGUCUACUUCCCCGAGGAGCUGCACCGGCGUGCGGCUCUGGAACAGGACAUGGCCUUCUGGUACGGGCCGCGCUGGCGCCUGGCCAUUCCCUGUUCCCCUGCCACAAGUCGUUAUGUGCAGCGGCUCCACGAGGUGGGGCGUGCGGAGCCCGAGCUCCUGGUGGCCCAUGCCUACACUCGCUACCUGGGUGACCUGUCAGGUGGCCAAGUCCUCAAGAAGAUUGCUCAGAAGGCCCUGGGGCUACCCGGCUCUGGGGAGGGCCUGGCCUUCUUCAGUUUCCCCAGCAUCCCCAGCGCCACCACGUUCAAGCAGCUAUACCGCGCCCGCAUGAACUCCCUCGAGAUGACGCCCGAGGUGCGGCACAGGAAGCAGCUGAGGCUCCUCAGCCGGCUCUCAGUGCCCUGGGCCAAGCGGGAGCAGAGGGACAACUGA